UUCCUCUUACAGAAAAUUUGUAAAAAAAAAAAUCCUGGAAGGAGACUCGUACUUUCCAACCUACUCUUUUUUUCAGGUGAAAAACUACAGUCGAAACAUACCCAUGGCUGAAAAUGUGAAAUAGUUAGUACUAACAUGGCCCCAAUGAGGCAUAACAUGGCCUGAGGGCCCAACACGGCCGCAAAAUUGCCAGCCCAUCCAAGACCCAGUUUCUGAGUUCCUCGUCUUCAUCAUCCGUUGUUCAUCGUCAAUCCCCUGUGCUGUGACCUGUGACUGUGAGCGAGCCGACGAAUCCGGCCGGAGUCCCCUCGUCCCUGCAGCUGUGCAGCCCAAGCCUGAACACCGAACAGAAGAGGAGGUCUGUGCGCGAAGCAGCGCCCCGACUCCCGAGCCCCCGACCGACAGUGUCAUGCGCGAGCCUGCACAAGCCUCCAAUCUUCUCCGCCGCUCCAGCACCUGGAGCCCUAGAGGCAGCUUCCAGUAAUCCAGUUUUGGCUCUCGUUGCAGCUUAAAUUUCUCCGUUUUCCUUCAAAAGAGAUCUCUGUUCGAUUUGCCAAAUCGGAGGACCAAAGUUGCACUUGGAACUACUUAAAGGGAAUGCUUCUCAACACACCUAGUAUUUCCUGGCGGUGUUGUACUUCAUGGAACAUGUAUUCUGAGUCUAGGAAGUUACCAGGAUGGUUGACUCAAAGAGUUGAUUUAUGGAAUUCUUCGUGCUCACAAACACUGAGGCAUUACGCCAUGAUAGGUUCAGUUAAGAAGAACAUAAAGUCAUUUAAUCUGCAAACUACAGCAUGUUCUGUCAGUUUAGGGCGAGAGUCGCAGUGCAAACUAUCAACAAGAAGCCAAAUCCGAAGUGUAAAGUCAGAUGUACUAUCACAUCACAAGUUUUCUAUUAUAAGUUGGCGUUUGGGAAGUAUGCCACGAAAAAUAGGAGGUUUAGCCUCUGGACAAGGUUUUGCAGUGUCUGGGAUGGCAAGUGCUGAGGGUCCUGUGAACAACAACAUUGAUGGCACCCAGCCCGCUGAAUCAUCAUCAAAUUUAUCUCAUGGGAAGAAAGUUUACACAGAUUAUUCUGUCACUGGUAUUCCUAGAGAUGGAAGAUGUUUGUUUCGUUCUGUGGCACAUGGUGCAUGCAUUAGAUUAGGGAAACCCAUACCUAAUGAGGAUCUUCAGAGAAAGCUAGCUGAUGAGUUGAGAACAAUGGUUGCUGAUGAGUUUAUCAAGAGACGAGCAGAGACUGAAUGGUUCAUUGAAGGGGACUUCGAUACAUAUGUCUCUCAGAUUAGAAAGCCACAUGUUUGGGGAGGUGAACCAGAGUUAUUCAUGGCUUCGCAUGUUCUUCAGAUGCCAAUAACAGUUUACAUGCAUGAUAAAGAAGCUGGUGGUUUAAUAGCACUAGCUGAAUAUGGCCAAGAGUAUGGGACAGAAGCUCCCAUCCAAGUUCUUUAUCAUGGUUACGGCCAUUAUGAAGCUCUGCAGAUACCGGGAAAGGGUGGUCCAAGGUCAAGAUUGUAACAUUUGCAGCUCAGCUUUCUGAUGGCAGAGAGACACCGGCAGCAAGUUAAGAUCGACACUGCUGUGCUUUUGUGGCGAGGAACAGAUAGCCAGAAUUUGGCAUAUACCUGGAGCUGGCAAAGGAACGGAGAUCUCUGUUCAGCAUCUGAAGAUUACCUUACUGUUGAUUUCUGUUGCAGUCAGAAGCUGCAUAUAGCUCCCUUGGCUAUACAGAGUUCUUGUCAGAUAUUUCUUUUUUUUUUGUAGAUUAAGGAACUAUCUCGGACUUCUCGUGUUCGCCGAAAGCUAUUUUGAGUUCAAACCACAUUUUGAGCCAGUA